GGCCAUUUCCGUAACCGACCAAUAACUAAUAAAAAAAAAAAUUUAAAAGGCCGAGCAUAUUCCGAUCGAUGCCUGUGUUCAGAGGAGUUCCAAAUGUAUUUAGAAGAUGGAGACUUCACUAAAGUCUGAAGCAAAUCAAGAGAAACAAUCGGAUGCAAGAGUUGUUAUUGCGAAUAAGAAUAAGAAAGUAUUUACAGGAGUAAAGCGAGCAGCACAUCAGAUACCAGAGGAAAUCCUCAAUAAUCCUAAACUCCAGCAUGCAGUCAAACAGCUACCUGAAAAUUAUAAUUUUGAAAUAUAUAAAACAGUAUGGAAGAUUCAAUCCACUGGCGCCAAGAGAGUUGCUCUACAGUUUCCAGAGGGAUUAUUAAUUUUUGCAUGCACAAUAGCAGAUAUCAUAGAAGAAUUCACAGAAGCUGACACGGUGAUUAUGGGAGAUGUGACGUACGGAGCCUGUUGUGUAGACGACUUCACGGCGAGAGCUCUAGGUGCUGAACUCAUGGUUCAUUACGGACACAGCUGUCUUGUGCCCAUUGAUCAGACAGAAGGAAUCCAGAUGUUGUAUGUCUUUGUGGACAUAAAGAUUGACACCAUGCAUUUUCUGGACACAAUCAGGCACAACUUUUCAGCAGGUUCUUCCCUGGCAUUAGUCUGUACCAUACAGUUUGUGGCGGCUUUGCAGGCUGCCAGUCGAGAACUGAAGGACAAAUAUGAAGUGAUCAUACCACAGUCUAAACCAUUGUCUCCUGGGGAAAUUCUAGGCUGUACAUCACCAAAGCUCAAACCAGGCACUGAUGCCAUCAUAUACCUAGGAGAUGGAAGAUUUCAUCUUGAGUCAAUCAUGAUCAGUAAUCCCACUGUACAAGCAUAUAGAUAUGAUCCAUACAGCAAGGUCUUUUCAAAAGAAUACUAUGACACAGAGAAGAUGCAUUCUAUUAGAAGGAAUGCUAUAGCAACAGCUGCCCAAGGGCAGAAAUAUGGAGUGGUGCUGGGAACUUUGGGAAGGCAAGGAUCAACUAAGAUUUUACAGGAAAUGCUGGAAAAAAUGAAGGAAUGUGGUAAAAGUGGUACACUGGUGUUGCUGUCAGAAAUUUUUCCGGACAAGUUGAAGUUAUAUCCAGAAAUUGAUGCCUGGGUACAGAUAGCUUGUCCUCGGUUAUCCAUAGAUUGGGGUAUGGCAUUCGAAAAACCUUUGUUAUCACCGUAUGAGAUGUCAGUUGCCUUGAAUAUUGCCCAGUGGCAAGAUGUGUAUCCUAUGGACUUUUAUGCAAAUGAAAGUUUAGGUCCGUGGACUGUGAAUAACACAAAACACCAGCCUCCUCGAAAGCAGAGGCUAAAAAAGACCAUUCCGAUCAAAGCAGAAACACAAGGGAGUGGAACCUGUUCAAAGGAUUGUGCUUCGUGUUCAUGUUCAUCAAAGAGUUUAGAAAUAAAGGAAAAUACUUAA